GGUUACGUCUUUUGCUACGAAAACAACAGACGCGUGAGGUUUAUGGGAUUCAAUUACUGUUUGUUUUAGGACUGAGAGUUGAAUUCGCACUACACUACGAAGUUGGUUAACAUCAGGGUUUGUGUUUCGCACGCUGUGUGAGCCGUAGAGAGGAAACAUUAGCCACUCGGCUCGCUCAUUCAUUCAAGCAGCACGCUUCGAGAGGUGGAGGCAGCUGUAGACCAGCAACCGCUAACAAAGGAAGAGCAGAACCGACCGGGGCUACUGUCGGCUCGCUUGUGGUGUUCUCCACCAUUUAAAUUCACUACAGAUUCACUUUUCAUAGACAAGAGCAGAGAUGGCCGAUAUGUACAUUCGCGUGGCUGAGGAGGAGAACGAAGAGCCGAUGGAGAUUCCUUCGGAAGACGACGGCACGGUGCUGUUGUCCACGGUGGCGGCGCAGUUCCCCGGCGCGUGCGGCCUUCGCUACCGGAGCCCUAUCUCUCAGUGCAUGCGCGGCGUGCGCCUAGCGGAGGGAGUGCUGCACGCGCCGGAAAACGGCUGGGGCAACCUUGUGUACGUCGUGAAUUAUCCAAAAGACUGCGGGGGUUUCAUGGACCCCACUUAUGGCACUUUUCCACUGCACGAAUCGGCAGACAACAAGCGCAAAAUGGACGAGAUAGAUGCCUCAUCAGCGAAGAUCAAGAGAGGAGACCAGAAGACCUCAGAUCUGAUCGUGUUAGGCUUGCCAUGGAAAACUACAGAACAGGACCUGAAAGACUACUUCAGUACCUUCGGUGAUGUAAUCAUGGUGCAGGUGAAACGAGAUGCGAAGACUGGAAAUUCGAAAGGCUUUGGCUUUGUUCGUUUUACUGACUGGGAGGCCCAGGGUAAAGUGAUUACCCAGCGGCACAUGAUUGAUGGGAGGUGGUGUGACUGCAAGCUGCCCAACUCAAAGCAAGGUCCUGACGAGCCAAUGAGGAGCAGGAAGGUGUUUGUUGGCCGUUGCACCGAGGACAUGACUUCUGAUGAUCUACGCCAGUUUUUCAUGCAAUAUGGCGAAGUCACAGAUGUCUUCAUCCCCAAGCCUUUCAGAGCUUUUGCUUUUGUUACCUUUGCUGAUGACCAGAUUGCUGCUUCCCUGUGUGGGGAAGACCUAAUCAUCAAGGGAGUGAGUGUUCAUAUAUCCAACGCUGAACCCAAGCACAGUGGCAGAGGGCACAUGAUGGAUCGGGUUCGCUACGGGAAUGGUUUCGGUGCUCAGGCAUUUGGAAGCAGCAGCAGUCGCAGCAGCUCUAGCAGCCUGGGAAACUUCAGCAACUUCAACCUGAACCCGGCCAUGAUGGCUGCCGCUCAGGCUGCCCUGCAGAGUAGCUGGGGAAUGAUGGGAAUGUUGGCGCAGCAGGGUCAGUCAGCUACGUCUGGCUCGAGUGCGAGUGGGGCAAGCUCUGCUCGAGACCAGACACAGUACAGCACAGGAACCAGCAACUACAGCAGCGGCUCAGCUGCACUCGGCUGGGGCGCAGGCACUAACGCUGCUAGCAGUGGAAGUGGGUUUAACUCGAGCUUUGGCUCCAGUAUGGAGUCCAAGUCUACGGGGUGGGGGAUGUAAGUGGUGGGGUUUUUGCAGUGUUGGUAUUUUUAGUGUGUGUUUGGUAAGUAUUUUCUGAGAGACUUAACUCUUUUUGUGCAUUGCGGGUAUGGGAGCAGGAGCAAAUGGGGAGUUUGGGGAGAACAGAAUGUUUUUCUACAUUUGAACAAGAUAUUAAAUAAGAUUUAAAAACAGGCAGUGUUAGACAAACAUCAACUGUGUAGUUUACCCCCGCCCCCCUCUUUAUGCUGUAUUGGUUAAUUUUGGUUAGGGACACAAUAUUUCAACUGGAUUCUUAAAAAUGCAUGUAGUUUAAGCUGUGCUCACAGAAACAUGCAUGUUUUACACACCACCAAAGUUGGUACUUCUUGAAAGCUUGUUAAAAUCUUGCAUUGGAAAGAAUCUGGUUGAAACUUAAGUCUUUUUGAGUACAUGUUUUAUUUGCAGCCAGACAAAUUUAAAAAGCCUUCAUCGAAAUCUCUUCUGCAGUUGCCAUCUGUGGGUUUUGCCUGAGAAGAAGGCCCUCUGUGGCAGCACUGUGCGGCUGAGAUCAUAAUCCCAUCUUCCUCAUGUCUAAAAGCUCUCUUCGCUCGGCUCGCUGACACGGUGGGUGUCUUCUUUUUUUUUAAAGUCAGCAUAUUUUUCUGAUUUCACAAGAACUGUACAGAGAAAGUGAACAUUUUUAACAACUGUUGAGUGCGCUUGGUGGUGGCGAAGAGUGAGCGAACGGAGAGAAAGGAAGGCAUGGAAGCGAGCGAGCGAAAAAGACUGAUGAGAGUGCGAUGAAAGAGCUGAAAUAUGACUGGGUGGCAUUUGUGAGCGCGUGAAUGAGAGCUUGUUGACACUUCCCAGCCUCACCUAUACACAACCCUGAACAGAUGGACAAUUAGUUUACCUGUAUCUGAAGGAUCACAUUUUCCCUCCUAGGCUUCCCGUUUUGCUUUUCUCCUAUCAUAUACUGACAAUGUGUUUAAAUAGCUAGUGGAAUGUUGUGAUGAGUUUUUUUUUUUUUUUUUACUUUGUUUUUUUUGGUGUCAUGCUUCUAUAAAACUGAACUGAAUGCUGUAUGGUGUGUGUGCUUUUCCUUGUGAUUUUGACCUGUAAGUGUGAACUUGUGGAUGACAUCUUCAGUGGCCACUGAGGGGUGGGAGAACGAGUGAUUGUGUAAGUGAGACCUGUAUGUUGAGUGAUGUGGAUGUCUGUGGAAUGAAUUUCUUCUAGAUAACAUUUGCUUAAUGUUUUCAAAAAUAUUUUAUAUGGCUUGUGAAAAGAGUGCUCCAAUAAAACUUAAUUUGAA